AUGACCCCAACUACUCCGCCUUCUGCUGGCACGGGCCGCUGCCAGGCCUCCCCCGGGCAGGCCUCACUGCCCACCGAGCCGGUCCGCCGCUGCCCCAGCCCGUGCCUCCCGCCGGGCGAGCCGGAGAGGGAGAUCCACUCCGGGGGCUCGCAUCCCUGCAACCGUGCGGGCCGCGCCGCCCUGGCCUCACCGGAGCAGGGUCGCGGCCCGGGACGCAGGGAUUGGUCCGCGCGGGAGCUUCUUGCCUCCCGCACCGCCUCCUGCCUUCAGCUGCCACCUCCGUACCCCCGCCCUCGGCCCGAGAAGCCGAACCUCCGGCAGGCCCGAGCGGAAGUGACGUCACGGCGGACAGCCCUGGGGCGGGCCACGGGAGCUCCGCCCACUCGCACAGGAGGGGGCGGUGCGCGCGUGGCGGAGCCCCAGAGGGCGGGUCCUCUGGGGCCGGCUGGCAUUUGGAGCGGAGUCUCCCCGCAGGAACCCCACCCCUUCCCACCUCCUCGCCCCACUCCGCGCUCUCCCGAGCCGUCAGUCUCUCCAUUCCCCCUCCCGGUCUCGUCCUUCCUCCAGUCCCGCUCGCUCUCCCGCCCUUCGCUUCCAUCCUCCUAUCCCCACCUCUCCAACCUCCUCUUUCAUCCCCCUCCCCUCUCCUCUCCUCCCCGCUCCCGACUGCCCCACCCCUGGGAAGCCCCUCCCGUCGGGCAGCGCCGCCUUAAAAGCGGGUUCCCUUCCCGGGGGCGGCAGCGGCUGGUCGGCGGCAGCUCUGCUGGUGCGGGGGCGGCGAGCAGGACCGAGCGACCGCGACCGGAGCGCGCCGGCCACCGCCCGCAUCGUCCUCCCGCCCGCCCUCCCGCCCUCCGGACGGCCGCAGCCCUGCGGGUCUCCGCUCGGGACCCACCCCCGCCCCACCCCGCGCGCCUCUGCCGCCUCUUGCAGCGAGCCAGCUUGCCGAGCGGCCGUCGCUGCCGCUGCCGCCGUCGCCACCGCGCCAAGUUCCGGCCGCGGCCACCCUCCGCCGUCCAGGGCUCCUCCGCCUCGGCCCCGGGACCUCGGCUCCCCGCCAGCCCCGGCCCCGGCACCAUGUCGGAGAAGAGCGUGGAGGCAGCGGCCGAGCUGAGCGCCAAGGACCUGAAGGAAAAGAAGGACAAGGUGGAGGAGAAGGCUGGCCGGAAAGAACGGAAGAAAGAAGUAGUGGAGGAGGAGGAGAAUGGAGCUGAAGAAGAGGAAGAAGAAACUGCUGAGGAUGGAGAGGAUGACGAUGAAGGGGAUGAAGAAGAUGAGGAAGAGGAGGAGGAGGAGGAUGAAGGCCCCGUGCGGAAGAGAACUGCUGAAGAGGAGGAUGAAGCGGAUCCCAAGAGGCAGAAGACAGAAAACGGGGCGUCGGCAUGAACCCCUGCCCGUGGGCUUGGGGAUGGGAGGCCCCUCAGGUCCUGGAGGUGGGGCAGGAGCACUCAGAUCCAGCCCCACUUCUCCUGGCUCCCUGCUCUGGCCCUGCCCCAGAGCUGUGACCCUUGUCCUUUGACCCAGCCUCUCAUUUCCAUCUGUCCAGACACUGCUCCUUCACCCUCACUGCCACCGGUCCAGCUCCUGACCCGACUCAUCCAAGCUCCCUGCCGGCCCUCACUCGCCCUUGCAGCCCCUGUUCCUCUUUCCUGCCUUCCCUCCACCCCAUCUGUUCCAGGCCUUGCGAAGCCUCUCCUUUCUCUCUGCACCCCGAGCCUCUCAGCCUGCCCUUCUCUCUCCUGCCUGACCCCUGGGUCUCCCUCAGAUUCCCUCCUCUCAGACAGCGCCAGGCCGGGGUGGGGCUGGGGUUGGGGCCAAGCCCCAAAGCUGCCCCCUCCCCUUUUUGUAUAAUUUAAUAAAGAAACGGUCGCGCUUCUGUUUUUAA